CUGGGUCAUGAUCACCCGAUAAUGGAACAUCGUCUGGUGUCCCACCUCUAUCACUGCCCAAUCGACAUUACUGAAGUUGAAGGCGAAGCGAGUCUCCACGCACUCAACGGGUUCAUUUUCAUCGUCUCCUGCGAUGGAGAGGUCUUUUCGGUGUGCAAAACCGUGGAACAUUACCUGGGAUUCCAUCAGUCGGACAUUCUUCAUCAAAGCGUCAUGGAGCUUAUCCAUUCAGAGGACAGGGAGGAAUUUCAGCGACAACUUUCCUGGCAAGCAAUGCUACCUGGCGAGCACCGCAACCUCACACUGCAAGAAGUCAUAUCGCCAGGUGAGAACGCUAAUCAACGUUAUCUACUGCAGAAGGAGUUGCCUGCCUGUCUGACUCUUACAGUCACCUGCUCCAGCGAUGCUUCACCGUCCGCUUUCGAUGCCUACUGGACAACACUUCCGGCUUCAUCCCUGGAUGGUUCACAGCGAGAGGCCUCCUUCAAGACGAAACACACCCUUGAUCUCACAAUCACAAGCAUGGAUUCUCGCGCGCAAACACUCUUUUACUUCUCUGGGAAGGAGAACUCUAAGGUGAAAAUUUACGACCUUAUUCAUCCGGACGAUCUUCAGUACGUGGCCAAAGGACACAGUGAAGUUUGUGAAACUGGGUCGAUUGGUCUUCUCGCGCAUCGAUGGCUCUCCAAGAACGGCAAUUGGAUCUGGUUACAAUCCCGACUCAAGGUUGUCUACAAGAACAACAAACAGGACCGCAUCAUUGCAAUUCACCGAAAACUUGAUGAUUCCGAGGGCAACGAGCUCUACUAUCGACGUAAUUCGGAGUAUAAACUGCCUUUUCCCCUGCUGGAACCUGAGACCCUACUUUCGGAGGACGAUGCCUCAGACUUCUGCACUGACACAACAGUUGAAGGCAGCAACGGCGCCACUGCCACCGGCCCUGCCUCCACACAACAAGAGCAACAUUCCCCAGACAGCUCGAAGGCCUCUACUUACAAGGAGAUUAAAUCCCUCUAUCUGGAUGACAUUCAGGAAACAGCAACAAUUAACUCCACACACGAGGUAACCGAGGCCAACAGACGGAAGCUCUGGGAAGACUUUCCAAUAUCUGCGUCACAGAAGGAAGCCAGCGAGACGGCAGCAAGACUAACCACUGGGCCGAAAAUAGACUCGACAACCAACAACACUCGCAACGGCGGCGGUGGUCUAGGUAGUGGUGGCAAUACUCAUCGUCGUUUCCGCAACCAGCUGAAAAAUUACUUGCAGACUACCAGACGUCGUAAGCCUCAGCUGAAGUCAGCAACCGCAAACAAGGCCGGUCGACCUGUUCCUCCCUAUGGUGUACGAGGCACUAAGCAGGCGGGAGACAGCGACAACGGCAGUGCCAACAACAACAACAACAGUAGCUGGUACGCCUAUCGAAACCUUCUUACGCGAAACCCCGCUCUGGGAUUUUUCGGAGUGCCUAGAAGCUCCAGCCGAAAUCCGCCCGCUGUGCAGACAGCAGAUUCACGCCUCUCCGAAUACUCCUUCUUCCAGCAAACCUACGCCUCCUCCUGCGGAUACCCAAAUCAGUUGGUUCGAGGAUACGAGGCUGGUCAGACGUCACCUCGAGUCUGGGACUUAGAGACACAUGGGGGCCUGCGGCGGAAACGAGAAGCUGACUUCGAUCUCAGCGCUGAAGUGAUGUCGGCGAUGACGGCAGAUCAGCAGGCUCUCGGCUACUCCGCCGCGCAUCCUCAGUACAAUCCCCUAAUCCACGGCAUGAAUGGUGACUACAGUUCGGCCUAUGAGGCGUAUUCAGCUGCUGUGGCAGCUGCAGCUGUAGUCGCUGCAGCCAGCGGACAGAACCAACAGGAAUACGGUUGCCCCGGUUCCGUCACUCAGUCCCCCGACUCGGAAACCCUGCAGAACGAACGUCUCUACGAAGGGGCAACUCGCUGUCGCCUUUCCUCUUCUUCCUCCCCUGCCUCGGCCAAUUCCUCUGCUUCGGUCACGGGUGCCGUGCCGGAACAAACGAUUGAUGCGGAAAACGAGGCGCUACGACUAUUUAAGGUUAAUGGAAGAUCAUCUCAGCCCUGGUUUUCGCAUCUCGGCUCAUUUGCUGCCAACUCGGGGCAUGGCGAGAAUGAACAGGGACUUUAUACUAACUUUUCUGGCUCAACGUCCGACAGCACAACAAGAGACGCAUCCUGUUACAUCCCCGAGCUCUCCAACCACAAUAUCUACAAUGAAAGCCUGCUUCCUUGGACACAUUUUGAGAACCGGCAGACCAUCUGCAUCGACGACGCCAGUUUAUGCGAUGCCUCCAGAUACCAGCUAGGCUUCACUGCAACCACGUAG